CCCAUUGGCCGCACGGCGCGGAGACCCGCCCCCGCUUGCACGGCCGGCCCCGGCCGGGCGAGAAGGUCCGGGCGGAGGACAGGGUGCGACCCGAAGGCGUGGUGUGGAGCCCAGGCCGGGGACGCGGGAAUGACAGUUCCCCGGAACUACUUCUCCCAGACAAGCUGGGAAACCCCAUCUCCGCCGCGCUCUCAGGAGCUGAAAACUACAACUCCCGGCAUGCCGCGAACUCGACCGCUGAGGCACUGAGGCGGGGUCCCGCCCUCCCACCGCGCUGCUCUCCUCGCCGGUCCCCCCCCGGUCCCGCUCUCCCGGCCGCGCGCGGAACGGGGACACGAGCCAUGGAGGAGAAGUCGCCCCCACUGCUGAGCGGCAGCAAGCCGCACCUGGAGAAACUGACCCUCGGGAUCACCCGCAUCCUAGAAUCUUCCCCGGGGGUGACAGAGGUGACCAUCAGAGAAAAGGCGCCUGCUGAACGUCAUAUGAUUUCUUCAUGGGAACAAAAGAAUAACUGUGCAUUGCCUGAGGAUGUGAAGAAUUUUUACCUGAUGACCAAUGGCUUCCACAUGACCUGGAAUGUCAAGCUGGAUGAUCACACCAUUCCAUUGGGCAGCAUGGCAAUUAACAGCAUCUCAAAACUGUGUCAACUCAACCAGUCUUCCAUGUAUUCGCUUCCUAAUGCACCAACUCUGGCAGACCUGGAGGACGAUACAGAUGAAGCUGGUGAGGACCAACCAGAGAAGCCUCAUUUUGACUCUCGCAGUGUGAUAUUUGAGCUGGAUUCUUGCAAUGGAAAUGGGAAGGUUUGCCUUGUCUACAAAAGUGGAAAACCAGGAUUAGCGCAAGACACUGAGAUCUGGUUCCUGGACAGAGCUUUAUACUGGCAUUUUCUCACAGAUACCUUUACUGCCUAUUAUCGUCUGCUCAUCACCCACCUGGGCCUGCCCCAGUGGCAGUAUGCCUUCACCAGCUAUGGAAUUAGCCCACAGGUCAAGCAAUGGUUCAACAUGUAUAAACCCAUCACCUACAACACAAACCUGCUCACAGAAGAAACCGACUCUUUUGUGAACAAGCUGGAUCCCAGCAAAGUAUUCAAGAGCAAGAACAAGGCCUUAAUCCCCAAAAAGAAGGGGACUGUGCAGCCUUCAGGUGCCCAGAAGGGGCCCCCAGGUCCCUCCACCUCUAAAUCCUCUUCUGGCCCUGGAAACCCUGUCCGGAAAUGAACCCUCCUACCCCCAGCUCCCCGCCAGCCAUGUGUCACUGGUGAUCUCCAUGCAUAGAUGACCCCAAGGGUACCCCAAACCUCUGAUUCUAUGCAUUGAACCUUAGGUCUCAUGCCAUUUGAGUGACCAAAAUCCUAGGACUUUUAUUCCCAUUGGCAUUAGCCAAGAGUUAGAAGGGCAUACUGAAGCAUGUGGCACCAUCCCGUCUCUGGAAGCAGUGGAGAAUUUUGAAUCUGUUUAAGUGGCCAAAUAGAUCUGUUGAUAGCUCUCCUUUACACCCUCUCCUGUUCUCUCAGUAGUGAUUAGAGAAGUCCCUUGAAGAAAUCACUGGUUUUGACCCAUGAGGCAUUAGAACUGUACUGUUCAAUUGGUAGCCAUAUGGCUAUUUUAAUUAAUAUUAAAUUAAGAUUUUAAUUCCCCAAUUGCACUAGCCACAUUUCAAGUAUUAAUGGGAUAGUGGUUCCCAUAUUGGAUAGCACAGAGAUAUGGACCAGUCCACAUAUGCCAAAUAGUUGACCCAGAAUAAAUCUCAACCUACUGACUACGUGUUGCAGAAUUUCUAUAAAGAAGGUUGCUUGAUUUUCAAAUAGGAAUGUCUGAAUAUAUUUCCUCCCUCUGUAGCACUGGCAGUGGCUAGAAGCAAGGCCCUCAUUCCAAUUCUCAACAGAGAAAGCACCCAGCCCCAAGGUCCCUGGAUGGCAGCAGUUUUUAUACCAGAGGCCCAGAGGUUAGAGAAUGAAGAGUUCUGCAGAGUGGGGCCAGAGGCCGUAACAUCUGUAUAUUUCAAUCCUAACUGGCUGUCUCUCCCUUUCCUCAUUUCUCCACCAUAGUGACUGGCCAGGCUUCCUUCCUUUGCUGCCUCUACCUGCUAAUCAACAGAGGGUUUCUGUCUUCCACCACCCACUGCAGUGCUAAAAGCAGUCCCUGAAUCCUCUACCUGCACUACUGCUCUGAAGCCAUUUGUAGUGUUUAUGAAAGUUUAAAGAAAUACUUAAUUGCUGAUAUAGUGAUAGAUAGUGAAAAGAAGGCUUCAGUGGUCCCUCCAAGUAUACUUUCCACAACCCCUGAGGGAAACCAGGGUGAAGAGGGCUCUGGAAUGGGACUUUGCUAUGCAUUCCGCACCACCAGUGGUUUUUCCCCCCAGAGCCACUGGAGAGGCCAAGGAGGGAGGGGUAGACAGACUUGGGCUGGCUGCUUCCCCAUUUUUGUAGUGUCUCUAAGGCUUGAAAUAUUAAUGCCCUCAGUCUUUGGGAGCAUAGACUGAGCUUCAUGUUAAUCGCUUAAGGCAUUUACUUUAAAAUAUGCAUAUACGUCAGCCAUCAUGAUUCCCUCUAAUGGGAUAUGUGUAACUAAAGUGGCAAUACCUCUUACUUUGACAGUCCCAAUGUUAACCAUUUACAAUUCAGCCUGGUCAUUUAAACUUUUUUUUUUUUUACCACAACAAGACUAUGUCAGAUCUUCCCUUUAGAAGAUAUUGUGGCCUUUUCAAUUUAAUUGUUUACACUGUUACACAUUGAGCAUUUUAAAAUGUGCAACAAUUCAUGUAGUAACGCUAACAGAGACAAUAUAUCAGCACCUUGGACCACCAGAUUUUUUCACCUGAAUCCGUCAUUUAUUUAUUCCAGUGGGUCUCAGCCCUUUCUGCAUAUUGGAAUCACUUGGGGAGUCCAGGCCCCACUUCAAACUAGUAAAAGCAGAUGCCUGGGGCCCAGGCGUCAUUAUUUUUUAAAGCUCCCCAGGUAUGCAUUACGCAGCCAAAGUUGAAAACCACAGAGUCAGAGAAGGGAUGAGACUCUGGCAAAGCAGCAGUGACUUCAGAGUUAAAUCUUUGGCACCAAAGUGGCGGCAACACAAACCAGUGUCAGAUGCUUGGCAGAAUUCUCAUGGGAAUAUUUCUGGGGAGUAGUUUUUGGUGUUACUCUUGACCCUGGUUCUUCGUCUUUCUUGAUGAUUCUAUGAGCCACUAAACCUUUUUUUUAAAUUAGAAAAUUCUUUGUCUUUAUUUAUAUGUUGUUUAUCUCAUAUUUUUAUUGUUGAAAAUUUCAGAUCAAUAGACAUACUGAAAAAAAAGUGCAAUAAAUACCCAUAUACACUUUGCCUAGAUUCACCAGUUGUUUGAUGCAUUUUUACUGUGUUCAUACAUUCUCUAUAAUUACACACACAUAAAUACAAACAUACAUAUGUUUAUAGUUUUAUUUGAAUCAUUUGAAAUUAAGUUUCAGAUUUCAUAACUCUUUGCACUAAAUGCUUCAGCAUACAUCUCCUAAGAAUAAGGAUAUUCUCCUGUCUCACCAUAACAUUAUCCUAUCUAAGGAAAUUAACAAGAAGUUGAUCAUUUAGUAUAUAGUCCAUAUUUGGGUAUCCCCAAAAGUAUAUUUUAUAUCUGUUUUUCCCCCUUUUGAUUCAGGCUCUAAUCCAGAUUUAUACAUUACAUUUAGUUAUAUCUCUUUUGAUCUGUAAUUAUCCCCUGCCCAGCCAUUCAUUUUGUUUUUCAAGACUUUGGCUGUUUUGAAAAGUCCAGACCCGUUUCCUUGUAGAGUGACCCACAUUCACAAUGGGUCAGAUUGUUCACCAUAUCCUUUUAAUAAACUCCUUUUCUGCCAUGAUCA